AUGGCCUCUCCUCAGCAGAUUCGAACCCCCAUCACGGAUCUUUUCAAGAUCCAGCACCCCAUCCUGCUCGCUGGUAUGAAUGUUGCUGCCGGUCCUAAGCUGGCUGCUGCAGUUACCAACGCCGGUGGAAUGGGCGUCAUUGGCGGUGUCGGCUACACCCCCGACAUGCUUCGCGAGCAGAUCUCUGAACUCAAGGAGUACCUGACCGACAAGAAUGCCCCCUUCGGCGUCGAUUUGCUUCUUCCCCAGGUCGGUGGCAAUGCCCGCAAGACCAACUACGAUUACACCAAGGGCAAGCUCGAUGAGCUCGUCGACAUCGUCAUCGAGUCUGGCGCCAAGCUGUUCGUCUCUGCCGUCGGUGUCCCCCCCAAGCAUGUCGUCGAGAAGCUGCAGAAGGCCGGUAUCUUGUACAUGAACAUGAUCGGCCACGUCAAGCACGUUAAGAAGUGCCUUGACCUCGGCGUCGACAUCAUCUGCGCCCAGGGUGGCGAGGGUGGUGGUCACACCGGUGAUAUCCCCACCACCGUUCUGAUUCCCGCAGUCGUCGAGGCUUGCAAGGGCCACAAGUCCCCCGUCUCCGGAGGCCCCGUGCAGGUCGUUGCCGCUGGUGGUAUUCACAACGGCCAACUCCUCGCCUCUGCUCUUAUGAUGGGUGCCAGCGGUGUCUGGGUUGGAACCCGCUUCAUUCUCACCGAUGAGGCUGGUGCUCCCAAGGCUCACAAGGAUGCCGUCCGCACUGCUGGUCACGACGAUAACAUCCGUACCAUUAUCUUCACUGGUCGCCCCAUGCGUGUUCGCAACAACCCAUACAUCAACGACUGGGAGACCAACAGAACCCAGGAGAUGAAGGAGCUGACCGCCAAGGGCACCAUCCCUUAUGAGGUUGAUCUUGAGCGAUUCAUGGGUGGCGAAGCUAAAGAGCAUAGCGGUGUCGAGUCCUACAGCAGUAAUGCUACCUCUGAGGCAGAGGAGGACGACGAUGAGGGUGAUGACCCUCUCGAGCAGUUCCGCCCUUACCUGAUGGGCAAGUGUGCCGCAGUUGUCAACGAGCAGAAGUCCGCCAAAGCUGUCGUUGACGAGUUUGUCAACGAUGCUGUUGCCUGGAUCAAGAAGGGUAACCAGAUGAUUGCUAAGCUGUAA